UUGCUCUUCUCCUUGCUUUAUUACUCUUUCGUUUUCUCUGUGCAUAGAGAGAGUGAAACAAUGGCAUCAUUGAGCAAGAGUUUCUACACCGACGAGCAGUACGAGAAGUGGUCAAUCAAAAACAGCACCCUCACCAUGAGUUUACUCACCAUUUUGAUGCUCUUUUUCAUGGCCAAUCCGGGGACUUACAUGAAGGACGACACACCUCUCCUCGACGUUGCCGGAAUCAGCGGACUGGUGUACGCUGUGCUAAGUGCGAUUGAUGCUUUCGUUCGUCCAAAUCGCUCAGACUUAAGAAUUUUCGAUGAACUGAGUCUUGUGGCUGCUUAUGUGUGUCUUUGGGCUCUGAUGGGUAUGAUCUUUGAUAAAACUGCUUUUUGGGUUUUUAUUAUUGCGGUUACUUGUGCCAUGGUGGUUGUUGGAGGUGUCUUCGCUAUUUGCAAUCUAGACGAUCCCAAUUUCGGUAAGAUCAAAGACAAGCAGACCAGAGAUUUCAUCGCUGAACUGUCCACGAGUAAGAAUCCUGCGGCUGCAAACGCUCUCACGACCAUGGCUCUCUUUGCUCUUUUCACAAAACCUGAUGAUCCAGUUACCAAGGCUCUGGUCGAAGCCGCCACAUUCUGCUGUUGAAACGCCUGCGUCCUCCUCCUCUUUGUUUGCUUGGCUUCUGUUUGGGUUUAUUUGCUUUUGAUUCCGUUUUGUUUUAUGUUACGUCGUCGUUCGUACUUUCUUCCUUGUUUUAAUUUUCCAGUUUUUUUCUUUCUUAACUUUGCAAUUUCAACCUAAUCAGACUUGUAGUCAUGUGGUAAUCUAUGACAAAGAGGACGGUUUUAUUUUACUCAUGCUUAUAAUUUUGAUUUUCUUUGAAAAAUUUAUAGAUUUUGUUUCAUAAAAGUCGCCACCUUUC